AUGUCAGCCAGAAAGGGCUAUCUUCAUCCUCCGUCAAAUUAUACCACAACGAUGACAUGCCCCAACAACCAAGCUGGAAAUUCGUUUUUCGUGGACUCUUUAAUUAACGUGAGAACCGACAGCGGUUCAUAUUACCAAAGUAACGGGGUCUAUUUGCCACCAGCGUCGGAAUAUUCAUAUGGACUCUCCGGAGGCUCGUGUUUCCCGGGAAUCGGUAAGCGCAACGAGCCAAGCACCCAAAGCGUGAUCCCGUCUUCUGCCCCGUAUGUUCAGGGGAUGGAAACGUGGCUGGAAACGUCUAGAUCCUGCCGGGUGGAUCAGCCCAGCAGCCAGCAUAUGCCACAGUGUUCAUUCUCACCGAAUAUAAAAGAGGAGAGCGCUUAUUGCCUCUAUGAGUCUGACAAAUGUCCAAAAGGAGCCACAGUAGAUGACUACUCAACCGCAUCAUGCCCGGUUACCGGCAGCACUUUGCCAGUCCCCGGCUACUUCCGCCUGUCUCAGACAUACGCGUCCUCUAGGCUUUACCAUGAUGUCCAGCCAAACAUGAAUCACUUUACUCUGCAGCGUCCUGUCCGCCUGGACAGCCAGCCCUCCCGGCCCCAGGCUGCCUCUGCUGAGCCGGAGCGGAGGGAGAGCCACGAGGAGGCGCCUGUCCCCGCGCCCUGCGCCCCGGCCAGAGACGAGGACAGCCGCCUCUCCUCGGAUAUCUCCUCCUCCCCUGAGCCCGAGGAGACGUGCAGUACUGAGUGUCCGGAAAAGCCAGUAAAAGGAGAUGGAAAAAUGGCAACCACGGCUAAUUGGCUCACAGCUAAGAGUGGUCGAAAGAAGCGCUGCCCCUACACCAAGCACCAGACUCUGGAGCUGGAGAAGGAGUUUCUCUUCAACAUGUACUUGACAAGAGAGCGUCGUCUGGAGAUCAGCCGCGGUGUGCACCUCUCUGACAGGCAAGUCAAAAUCUGGUUCCAAAACAGGAGGAUGAAACUGAAAAAAAUGAGCCGGGAGAAUAGGAUCCGAGAGCUCUCAGGCAACUUCAGUUUCUCAUGA